UUUGUUAAAUAGAACACUAUUUCAGCAAAGGAUAUCUCCUUUUUUUUGUAUUUCACAAGUACGUGAUUACCAUAUAAACUGAAAAUUGCUACAUUGAUAGCAUACAUACUGCAUUUUUUUAGAGCACACAGGCCUGCGAGCCGUUGGAUGCGCGAUCACGGUCCCCAGGUGUGCCGCUGUAGGAGGAAAUCGUCCGUGCUAAUUCAACCGCCGAAGCGGCAGCCAGUGUAAAAUAAAAGCUUCGCUAUUUCUUCCCAGAAAAAACACCUAGCCCGAUCCCCUUUUCCUCGUCGAGCAGAGGAGCGCCGGCAUCGAUUCCCGGGUGGUCGAGGGGGAGGCGGUAGAUUGGAGGAGCCCGAUCCUCUUCAUCCUCUCUCUCGCGACCCGAUCCUCACCAACUCCUCCUCCCGGCGACGCACCCCGCCUCCUCCAAUCGGCGAAAUGCCCCCUCCCACUCGCCGGAGAGCGCCGUUGCGCCUCCGCAGCCAUCGGAUGCCAACAGCCCCUCCCCCCGCCACCGCAUCUCCACAGCCGCCGCACGCCACCGACCCCUCCGGAUCGCCGCAUCGCCAGGAUCUCAGCAGCCUGCCGGAUGCAGCCGCUGCGCUCGGAUCCCCGCGGCCUCCUGGAUCCCAUCGCCGCCGGGUCUCCCGCUCCAACGCCGGGCCGACCCAUAUCCACGACGAAGGCGAGCGCGCACUGCCUCCAUGCUCCUCAUUCAGGGCCGUUGGCCCUGACACCAUCACAGCGGGCCUCUUCCUCUCCAGCAGCUCGCUGCCGACCGCAUCUAGGACGGCCUCGACCUCCUGCUGCUAGCUGCUGGUGCACCUCUGUAUCCCUACUGCUAUCUCCUUCUGCACCGUACAACUACCCUAGCUCCGAUGUCUGAACUUCUACACCUGACCGUGUACAGGUGCUGGCUAUAGCUUGGACUGGAGCAGGAAAAUUGCAUCAAGGGCCUCACUAAAUUCUCAAAUGAUGUCAAAGCAACAUUUUCGAGGUUUUGUGCACACACCCAAGCAAGAGGCUUCAACAUACACUUCCAGGACUUCCUUUUUUUAUUUUCCAUCUUUGCAAGUAAGAAGCUUUGCCAGCCACUUCAAGGAAUACUUGCUUCCUACGCCGCCCUUUUAUUGCCAGCAAAAAGUUUUACCAGCAACUUCCAGGGAUCAGGGCAUAGUGGCACACCCCCAAGUUGUCCAGAUAGAGAGGUGGCGCACGGAAGGUUCAAGUGCUGAUGGUUGGGUGGAUGGAUCCUGCAGAAGAUGGAGGAGGGAGGGGUUGAUGGGGAAGAAAGGGUGGAGGAGGAGCGGGGAAGGGAGAAAAGUCUCCAGAGGUUUUGUGCCGUGUGUUCACACACACUGGGUUGCGUCGGUUACGAUUGGGAGAAAAGGGAAUCUGGCCAUGUGCACGAUCAGAUCGUUUCUUUCCUUUUUUGACGCCAGCUGGCAACAAGAGAGGGUCCACUGCCUUAUUUAGGGCGUGUGCCCUGGACCGCUAGCUAGCCAACGGUUGCUGGCUAGUCGCGUCCUUUUUUUAGAUAGAACACAAGAAUUGGCAUAGUGUGAUUACACCUUUGCUCACUGAACACUUGAAUAACCGGAAUCAUCAAAGACCAUGACUUCUGGUACAAACAUGCCAUAUUCAAAACUACUUGUGCUUCAUCUUUUUGAGAACAGUGCUACCUCUCUUUUUU